GUCACGGACGAGACCUUUGCACUACCUCAACUACGCUUUAACUAGAUGCUGAAUAGCUGCUUUGUAGAUAUAAUCACACAUUGGCCCAUGCUUCGUUUUAAACCGGUUAAGUAACUUUACGACGAUCCCUUACUACUACUUCCAACCCGACCUUUGCCCUUCGCAUGCUCGCUGCUGUACUUUAGCAUGCAGUGGGUAAUAACAGGAGCACGCUGCACACUUAAGAAAAGCCACGUAGUUAAAGACGUGCUAGUGCAGUUACCGAGGUUUGUGGCUGGUAGAAACAUGUCGUCGUCUCCAGUUAAACGGCCGGUUUCCUUACUGGGAACUAUGGCGUUCGGAGGGCGGGCUGACGCUGAGCAGAGCCUGGAGAUGGUGAAGGCUUUCCUGGGUAGGGGGCACAGCAAAGUGGACACAGCCUUCAUGUACGUGGAUGGGAAGUCAGAGACGGUUAUUGGGGGCAUGAAUCUUCCUAAAACAGUAAGCAUCGCUACCAAGGCCAACCCCUGGGAUGGAAAGACGCUGAAGCCAGAGAGUGUGCGCUCUCAGUUGGAAAUCUCACUUCAAAGGCUGAAGGCGGACAGUGUCGACCUUUUCUACCUCCAUGCUCCUGACCACCAAAACCCCAUAGAGGAUACACUCAGGGCCUGCAAUGAACUCCACAAAGAAGGAAAAUUCAAGGAGUUGGGCCUUUCAAACUAUGCAUCAUGGGAAGUAGCAGAAAUAGUGUGCAUCUGCAGACACAACAACUGGAUUGUUCCUAGUGUCUAUCAGGGAAUGUACAAUGCCACUACAAGACAGGUCGAGACAGAGUUGCUCCCAUGUCUGAGAUACUAUGGAAUGAAGUUCUAUGCCUACAAUCCUUUAGCAGGUGGCCUUCUAACAGGAAAGUACCAUUACGAAGACAAAGAUGGUUCCCAGCCUGCAGGACGAUUCUUUGGUAACAGCUGGGCCAAAGCAUACCAGGACAGAUACUGGAAGGUGAGCCAUUUCCAUGCCAUAGAUUUGGUUAUCAAGGCCUUGGAGGCAGCUUAUGGUCCAGACAAACCCACUAUGACAUCUGCUGCUAUGCGCUGGAUGUACCACCACUCCCAGCUUAAGGGUGAUCUUGGUGAUGGAGUCAUCAUUGGCAUGUCGAGCAUGGAGCAACUUCAACAAAACUUAGCUGCUGCAGAGGAGGGUCCUCUGGAUGAGAAGGUGGUCGCUGCCUUCAAUGAGGCAUGGAAUCUCGUGGCUCACGAGUGUCCAAACUAUUUCCGCUAAACCUCAACAGUCCAAACAAGUGACAUAUCAGACUUGCACAAUACACAUAUCUGCUAAAGCCCCUUUCCU